CAGAGCUGCAUCAUGAUGGAGAGCAUCUGGCUGGGUGUCUUGUGUCUCUCAGGGUGGCUCGUCCUCCCCGUCUGCUCCCUCCGUCAGUACUACUUUGUCAACAAUCCUUUAACUUGGAAUGAAUCUCAGACCUACUGCAGACAGAAAUACACAGACCUGGCCACCAUUGAAAACACUGAAGACAUGAAGGAACUGGAGAGUCUGGUUUCAUCUGCUAACGUAAAGUCUGAGGUCUGGUUCGGUCUGUACAGUGAGAUCAACUGGAAGUGGUCGGAUGGGUUCACAGGGAGCAGGGCUGAGUAUCGGGCCUGGACUGAUCGUGGAAACAACUUUGCCAUGGGGUCUUUCUGUGUGUCCAGUUGGACAAAUUGGUCUAGUAUAAAUUGUGAUUUGCUGAGAAGAUUUAUCUGUUACCGUGGAACAGAAGACAAUCGUCAGUUUGUUUCUGUCAAGAAGUCCAUGAAUUGGUCCGAUGCUCAGAAGUACUGCAGGGAGAACUUUGUCGAUCUGGUCACUGUGAGGAACAACAGCGAGCAGCAGAAGAUCUGGAACAAAGUGAAGUACAUCGGAGGGUCAUGGAUCGGCCUAUUCAGAGAUCCUGAUCUUUACUGGUCUGAUGGAAGCAGCUUCUCCUGGUCCAGCUUCGGUGGUUCAACCCCGAUCGGCUCGAUGACUGUCUUAUGUGGUUCCAUGUCUCUGAAGAGAUCCAUGAAAUGGAAGCUCUUGAACUGUGAACAAAGGUUCCCGUUUGUGUGCCACGGAGUCCCUGACAAAAGGCAGGUGGUGAAGUUGAGGAUUGAAAUGAAGGACAACUCCAUGGAUCUGAACAACCCUGAGGUCAAAGCAGAACUCCUGAAAAAGCUGCAGGACAGACUGAAGGACAACGGAGAGAGUGAAGUCACCCUGAGGUGGAGAGAACAGCCUGAUGGGAAAGUGUUCUACAAGGAGGAGACUCAAGGAACCUGUCCUGCAACUUAGCUGAGCUCCUUAAACACCAGUGUGUUAACCAACAGCGCCCUCUUGUGCUUCAAUGUGUUUGUUACUGCCUCUGGGUUCGCUGCAGUUUACGUAGGCUCCUGUUAUCCACCGGUUUUGUGUGUGAGUGGAACUUUUCUUGCAACUUCCACAGGAAACUCAUAAGUUGAUAUCUGCAAUUUUAGCUAUUUGUUAUUUAGCGCUUUUUAGUUGGCAGUUUUAUAUGAAUUUCUGUCAUUUUGCAGAGUGGCUCUGGAUGCAUCAUAUUUACUGUGUGUUCUGUUAUCUUCAAAAAAAGGAAAGAAAAAUAAAUGAUCUUAG